AUGGCCUCGCCAGCCCCAAACGGCGGGUCUGAUAUUACCCAACUAUGGCAAGCUGCAAUCCAGGAUUACGAGAAGGCAACCGGCAAAAGCCUUCAGUUGGGACCAUUCAGGGACAUGGAGGAGGCCAUGGCUGGGACGGAAAGCCUAUCCAAGAACUUCACCGCGUUCCGCAGCGACCAGUCGAAGGUGGUCAAGGUGAGGACCGCAUUCAAAAACAACAUGGUCCUGAUCCAAAGAGUCGUCAACACUGUCCAGGCGGUCGGCAAUGCUGCAUCUGUGAGAACUCCUCCAGGACCAUAUCGCGAACUCCACACUUACCUUCUCCAGGCCUUCCCGCCCGCGAUGCCGGCGAGUUUGAUAUUUUCGGCUUUCGGGCAGGUCAUGCAGUCCUUCUCGGAUGUCUCUGCUGAUUACGACAAAAUUAUGGGAUUCUUCGAGUUCACGCAUCGGUUUUUCGAUCGGCUUUCAAUCAUCGACCAGAGGAUGCCAGAUGUGCCUCCGUUUCAAAGAUGUGUCAGCCGGGUCUUCUCGAGUAUCCUCCGGAUUUGUGCUAUCGCCCAGAAAUAUAGCCGAGAGCGACGAUUCAAGAAAUGGUUUGAUAGUCUCUUGAACGGCACGGAUGGAGAGCUCGCCGGAGCCAGUGCCGAGCUGGAGAGCGCCAUUAACGAGAUGAGCCAAGCCGUCGGUCUCGCGACUCUGAAGACGCUCGACAUCAUGAAUGACGUUGUCCAAAGCAUGAGCGGCAAUGUUGAGUUUCUGGUGUCCAAUGCCAGCCUCGUUGAUGAAAGAACGGCAGCGAUCCAAUCCAACACGAAUACCAUCCUGGAACAGAACCGGGAAGUGGCAUCCAGACAGGACAAGAUGACAGACAUGCAGCGGGAGAUGUUCGAAAAGCUGAGUGAACAAUCUCGCCUGCUCAACCAGACAGUGGGGUACUUUGAAUCCGUCCAAAUCGGAGAUAGUUUUGGCAAACGCUUUCAUACGAGCCUUUUAAAGGUGGACGUGAUCAAGCUACGCCUGACCCGUUGGGGACAGUCAGUUGGCCUUGCAAACCUGGCCCACGUCCAAUCUUUGCGCGAGACAAAGCUUGCCGCUGAAGACAUUCCGAAAGUCCAGGACCUCCUCAGUGAGAUCCUGGACUUGAUCUCGGACGCCGAGAAGCUUUCACAUCGGUUCAAGAAGAAGAACCCCGCGGCGUUAACCAUGGACCCCGGGAAGGAGCUCGAUGAGGUCUCUGCAUCACUGCACCAGCAGAUGCAAGAUCUCGCGAAGAAACGACAGGGCAACUCAGUAACUGACGACUCGCGGGAGACUCUGACCAUCUACCAAGAGAAAGAUUUUUCCAGACUGAUUGAAGACACCAGUUCGUUGGUCAACGACUUGAUCGAUCUCUUCCCCGCGGUGAAAGAGGAUCAACGCAAGAUCUGUGAACAAGAAGUCUCGCAGAUGGGAAAGAUCAAAAACGGUCUUCCGCUGCUAAAAGAGGUCGCUGCUGGGCAGGAUGACUUGCUCAGUGAAACAGUAGUCAAAGUCAUCCAGUCAACUACAACCUACAACAACAGUGUCGUCUUCCAAGGCACCAACUCGGGCUUCCAAAUUGGCAACAACAGCGGAAGGAUUAGCAAUGUGCGGUUUAACGGAUAG